AUGUAUCGUUAUUUAUGCCUCCUCUGUUUGAUAUUUGUAAACGCAGAUCAAGAAUGUGGUGUGAUCGGAUUCGCACAGUGGAGUCCAAAUCCUCGCAAUGAACGUCCUCAUCUAUCGAAACCAGUAAAUUUGGUGAUCGUCCAGCACACUGCUACGGAAACUUGCUCUCAUGACGAAUCGUGCAAAGUCAUUUUAAAAGGUGUCAGGCAGAACCACAUGGAAAAACUAAAAUUCACGGAUAUUGGAAAUUCAUUCUACAUUAGUGGAAAUGGACAAGUGUACGAAGGCGCUGGGUGGAAUAUUGGUGCACACACACGAGGAUUCAAUGAUAAGUCUAUUGGAGUGUCCUUCAUCGGAGAUUUUAGAGAUACACCUCCAUCUAACGAAGCGUUGAAAGCGGCUCGAGAUUUUCUCUCAUGCAGCGUUAAGAAUGGUAAUUUGGAUGAAAAUUACAAUCUGGUUGGUCAUGGUCAGUUGUCCCCUACUAUAAGCCCUGGUGCUAAGCUUCAGGAGGUCAUAGAGACUUGGGAACAUUGGCUAUCUAAAUUUUUAUAAGUAUAUAUUACGUAAUACAAAAUUAUCUGUUAGUUGAACAUGGGACUGAUAGACUCGUAAAAGUUAAUUUCCAUCUGCAUUUUAAGUCAGCACUAUGUUAAUUUUAUGUCCUGCGAAGGAUUUUGGUUCAUUGAACUUACCUGUCAACCAACACAAUCUAUCUUCGUAUAGGUGUGGUCUGUUAGCUUAAUUAUUGAAAC